AAUGUUAUUAACCGGCGUCGCGCUUUGUUUAUGCCGCGUGUGUAUGUUUUACUACUAUUAUUAGCCAUCCCCUCGCUCUGCAUCCGUUAAGCUAAUCGAUAAUGGGAAUUCUGCGACUUUACGAUGUGGCCGCCUUCGAUAGUGCCGAGGAUAAGCGCGUACUGCAGCGCUUGCAGACGCUCGACCCGGAGCUGAUCUCGGUGCGCAUGGAGCGCUGUUAUCACUUGGAGUACGACCAUGAGAUGUGCAGAUUUCCGCUUGCGCUGGAGCAUCUGUUGAGGUGGCUGGUGAGGCAGCCGCUCCAAAGGAUAUGCAGUCUUAACGAGCAGACGAGACUGGAGUUAAACGAUGCGGAGCUUGAAAUGCUCGUGGAGAUUGGACCACGUUUCAACUUCUCCACACCCUACUCGACCAAUUGUGUGAAUAUAUUUCAGAAUUUGGGCUAUACUGAGGUGCGACGCAUGGAGAGCUCUAUCCGUUAUCUGUUGACCUUUGGCCGGGCAGCGACCCGUGAGGUCGCCAGCUUUGUGGCGCUGCUCGGCGAUCGGAUGACCCACUGCCAGUAUACGGCAGCGAAUAUGCCGCGCGAGAGUUUCGAUGAGCAGCUGCCGGCACAGCUGGCUGCCUGGCAUUAUGUGCCAAUGAUGGCGCAAGGGCGCGCCGCUCUGGAGGAGAUUAAUCGAGAGUUGGGCCUGGCCUUUAGCGACUACGACUUGGACUUCUAUUACAAGCUAUUUUCGCAGACACUGAAACGUGAUCCCACCACAGUGGAGCUGUUCGAUUGCGCCCAGAGCAAUAGCGAGCACUCCAGACAUUGGUUCUUCCGUGGCCGCAUGGUGUACGAGGGCCAGGAGCUGCCCAGCACGCUGAUUGACCUAAUUAUGGACACGCAGCGGAACACGAAUCCGAACAAUACCAUCAAAUUCAGCGAUAAUAGCAGCGCCAUUGUCGGCUUUGAGCAUGAUGCACUGCAGCCGCGUGAAAUCGGUGCGCCCGGCAUUGUGGAAUUGCGCAGUGUCCGAUCGGAUUUGAUAUUCACAGCCGAAACGCAUAAUAUGCCCACAGCCGUGGCGCCUUUUAGUGGUGCCACCACCGGCACCGGCGGCCGUUUGCGUGAUGUGCAGGGCGUGGGUCGUGGUGGCCUGCCCAUAGCUGGCACCGCCGGCUACUGCGUGGGUGCCCUUCAUAUACCCGGCUACAGUCAGCCGUAUGAGCCGGUGGGCCUCAAGUAUCCCGGCUCCUUUGCACCGCCGCUGCAGGUGCUCAUCGAGGCCAGCGAUGGCGCCUCCGAUUAUGGCAACAAGUUUGGGGAGCCACUCAUAUCCGGUUUUACCAUAUCGUAUGGCUUGUACAAUGCCGGCCAGCCCAACACCAAGACGCGUGAGGAGUAUGUGAAGCCGAUUAUGUUCAGCGGCGGCCUGGGCACCAUGCCCGCUGCCAUGCGCCAGAAGGUAACGCCCAAACGUGGCCAGCUGCUGGCCAAGAUUGGCGGUCCGGUUUAUCGCAUUGGCGUUGGUGGCGGCGCUGCCAGCUCCGUGGAGGUGCAAGGCUCCGGAGAUGCUGAGCUCGAUUUCAAUGCCGUGCAACGUGGCGAUCCGGAAAUGGAGAAUAAACUGAAUCGUGUAGUGCGCGCCUGCAUCGAACUUGGCGCACUUAAUCCCAUCUUGGCCAUACACGAUCAGGGCGCUGGCGGCAACGGUAAUGUGCUGAAGGAACUGGUUGAGCCAGAUUUUGCAGGCGCCAUCAUCUUCUCGGAGGAAUUCAAACUGGGUGAUCCGACCAUUACAGCUUUGGAGCUGUGGGGCGCCGAAUAUCAGGAGAAUAAUGCGAUUCUUUGCAAGCCGCAGGAUCGUGAAUUGCUCGAAAAGAUUUGCGCCCGGGAACGUUGUCCCAUAAGCUUUGUGGGCGUGGUCACCGGCGAUGGCCGGGUCACAUUGGUGGAACACGCCGCACCCAACGACAUGGAGCAGGCAUUGCUGCCCGAGGCGCGUAAAAGCUACGGCGCCGCGCCAUUCGAUCUGGAACUAUCGCAUGUCCUGGGUGACAUGCCCAAGCGCACCUAUGAGCUGAAAUCCGUAAUGAAUCCAUGCAAACCGCUCCAGCUACCCACCGAUAUACAGCUAACGGAUGCACUGGAGCGUGUGCUGAGCAUUGUUGCGGUGGGCAGCAAACGCUUCCUCACCAACAAGGUGGAUCGCUGUGUGGGCGGCCUGAUAGCCCAGCAGCAGUGUGUGGGUCCACUGCAGGCACCGCUGUCCGAUUACGCGCUGACCACCGUCUCUCAUUUCAGCACAGCCGGCAUUGCCACCUCCAUUGGCACACAGCCCAUAAUGGGGCUGAUCAGUCCUCAGAAUAUGGCGCACAUGUGCGUCGCUGAGGCGCUCAGUAAUCUUGUCUUUGUCAAGAUCACCGAAAUGGCGGACAUCAAGUGCUCCGGCAAUUGGAUGUGGGCAGCCAAAUUGCAAGGCGAGGGUUACAAAAUGUACCAGGCUUGUUUGUCGCUCAGCAAGGUGCUUCAGGAGCUGCGCAUUGGUAUCGAUGGCGGCAAGGACUCCCUCUCCAUGGCCGCCAAAGUGGAUGGUGAAGUGAUCAAAUCACCCGGCACACUCGUCCUCUCCACCUAUGCACCCUGUCCGGAUGUGCGCGUACGCGUUACGCCCGAUCUCAAGGGUCCGGCGCGGGGUAAAGCCAGCGCCUUGCUUUGGAUUAACAUUGAGCGCAGUGCACGGCUGGGCGGCUCAGCGCUGGCGCAAGCCUACGCCCAGCAGGGCGAAACCACACCCAACAUGCAACAGACCCAAGUGCUGACCCAGGCGUUUGAGCUCACCCAAAGCCUGUUGGGCGAGCGACUGCUGCUCGCCGGGCACGAUGUUAGCGAUGGCGGUUUAAUUGUCUGCCUGCUGGAAAUGGCCAUUGGUGGUCUGAGUGGCCUGCAGCUGGACAUCCAGGAGGCAGCGGCUGGCAUUACCGAUUACGAUGCUGUCAGUGGCACAAUUGGCGUGAACAUGUGCCUGUUAUUUAGCGAGGAGUGCGGCUGGGUGCUGGAGGUGGAUGCAGACCAGCUGGAGUCAGUGCGUGCUCGCUUCCAGGCUGCGAAUGUGCCCAAUUAUUAUCUCGGCCAGACACAUGGCUUUGGCUUGGACACGGCACAGGUGCUGAUUAAAAAUGGCGACAACACUUUGCUCUCCGAACCACUGCUUCAGCUUUACAAGCAAUGGGAGCGCACCAGCUACGAGCUGGAGAAGCUGCAAGCGGACGUUGAGUGCGCACAAUCCGAAUACGAUAGCCUCAACUAUCGCCAGGCGCCGCAAUAUAAGGCGCCCGCCCAAUUACAAUCAGAGCUCACGCUCAAGCGCUGCGUUCAGACCGUGCGUGUGGCUGUGCUGCGCGAGGAGGGCGUCAACAGCGAGCGGGAGAUGAUGGCCAGUCUGCUGCGUGCCAAUUUUGAGGUGCACGAUGUGACCAUGUCCGAUCUGCUGGCAGGCACCACAAAUCUGUCGCAGUAUCGUGGUCUGGUCUUUCCGGGCGGCUUUAGCUAUGCGGAUACCUUGGGCUCCGCCAAGGGCUGGGCGGCAAACAUAUUGCACAACGCGCUGCUCAAGCCGCAAUUUGAGGCAUUUAAAAUGCGCGAGGAUAGCUUCUCGCUGGGCAUCUGCAACGGCUGCCAGCUGAUGACAUUGAUUGGCUACGUGGGCAGCAUAAAGGCCACGGACAAGACGCCUGUUUUGCCCGCAUUGGCACUGCUUCAUAAUCGCUCGAAGCGUUUUGAAUGUCGCUGGUCGACGGUCCGUAUACCGCCGAGUCGCGCAAUAAUGCUGAGCAACAUGCACGAUCUGGUUCUGGGCUGUUGGGUGGCCCAUGGCGAGGGACGUUUUGCGUUCCAGCGCGAGGAGCUGUUGAACCAGCUGCACGACGAGCAGCUUGUAACGCUGCAGUAUGUCGAUGAUAAGGGUGCGCCCACUGAAUUGUAUCCCAUGAAUCCCAAUGGCAGCCCCAAGGGCAUUGCUGGCAUCUGUUCGCCGGAUGGCCGACAUUUGGCGCUGAUGCCGCAUCCGGAACGCUGCAGCGCCAUGUAUCAGUGGCCAUAUGUGCCGCCGGGCUUUGAUGUGCCCGCCACGCAAGUGGAGAGUCCCUGGCAGCUUAUGUUCAACAAUGCCUACAAAUGGUGUGCAUCGCAGGAGUAAUAGCAUU